AUGUCCUUCAGCACCAACACCAACACCGACAUUUUGAUUGCAGGUGCAGCGGCCGCGUUUACCGUCGAUUUUCUCAUUUAUCCUCUAGACACGCUCAAGACGCGCAUACAAGCUCCGAACUACUCUAGACUCUACCUAGAUGCCGCGACACAAGCCAUCAAUCGGCCUGCACUCUUCCGGGGACUGUAUCAGGGCGUUGGCAGCGUCGUGAUUGCCACGUUACCUUCUUCAGGAGCCUUCUUCACAACGUACGAGGGCUUGAAGUCAUUCCUUGAUACCGCUGGCCCCAACAACGGCCCCUUCCUCCCGUGGCAACCCUUGAACCAUGCAAUCGCCUCGUCCGUCAGCGAACUCGUCGCCUGCGCCAUCCUCACCCCGUCCGAGGUCAUCAAACAAAAUGCGCAAAUGUACGACUCUGCGCGAGAUGGUGGAACCAGCGCCACGGCACAAACGCUUCGCAAAUUCCGCUCCAAUCCAUUCGGGCUCUGGCGGGGAUAUACGGCUUUAGCGGGGCGUAACCUCCCCUUCACCGCGAUGCAGUUCCCGAUCUUCGAGCAGACGAAGGAAGUCUUGAGGAGCUAUCGCGAUCAACAUGGAGCGAGGACACACACCAUCGCAGAGAGUGCUGUCAUCACGGCCAUUAGUGCAGGCAUCGCGGGCGGGAUUGCUGCUACGAUCACCACCCCAAUCGACGUGAUCAAGACUCGUAUCAUGCUCGCCGCCGGAGAAUCCGAAGCAAAGCCUAACAAUGGCGUAGUGGAUGCACUCGGCCACCAGCCAAAAGCGCGUUCGCAGUACUCCGGCUGGGCAAUCGGCCGUGAUAUCCUGGCAGAAGAAGGCGUACGCGGUCUAUGGCGGGGAGGCACACUACGCACCGUAUGGUCCACGCUGGGAAGCGCAUUAUACCUGGCUGUCUAUGAUAGCGGACGAGUAUGGUUGGCGAGACGUCGAGGGGAAGACCCCGGGGAAGACCUAUCAUAAAACCUACUAUAGUGCUACUAGAAUAAUCACUAGAUAUACCCACAAUCCGAUGUUUAGUACGGGCCGGUUCGUGACACAUCGGGUUACGACCUCGAGAUGUC